AGUGAACCAGCCAACAUCGACGACGACAAGCAUCACAGCAACCACGACGGAAGCGGGAAUCAUAGCGGAACCUGUGAUUCGAGUUCGGUCAACCACUUGCCAACGGACGUCGACUUCUGAAUAAGUGAGGCCACCCGGCCCAACUCUCCUCGUCUGCAACUACCUACAGCAAAUCCCACGCACUCGUUUCUCAUGUCCUCGCCGCCCUGGGACUACAUCGCAAAGCUGGUCUGCAUCGGCGACUCCGGCUGCGGCAAAUCCUCGCUCACGAUCCGGCUGUGCGAGGGGCGCUUCGUCCCACACCACGAUGUCACAAUUGGCGUCGAGUUCGGCUCGCGCAUCGUGCCCGUCGGGCCACCCUAUUCAAACUCUUCGUUGAGCACGUCCCGAAUUCCCUCCUCUCCAGGCGGCUCCGCCGUCGAAGGCACAACAACAACAGCAACAACAAGAACAACAACAACAUCAGCAGGCGACAGAAACGCCGAAGCAGCCGGCCUUCCACCACCGCCAGUCGUCCCCGUCGAAAAGUCGACGGCGGCGCCACCGCAACCGCAGAAACACAUGAAACUCUCCCUCUGGGACACGGCAGGGCAGGAGACCUACAAAUCCGUCACCCGCUCCUACUUCCGCGGCGCCUCGGGGGCGCUCCUCGUGUUCGACCUGACCCGCAAAUCCACGUUCCAGCACGUCACCGACUGGCUGAACGACCUCCGCCAGAUCGCCGAGCCGGACAUCGUCGUCGUGCUCGUCGGCAACAAGGCCGACCUGGCGUCGCCCGACGCCCCUCCCGCUCCCGCUUCCUCCGAAGAACAGCGAUCCGCAGGGACGACAGACGCAGAAGAGCAACGACGCGCCGGCGCGGGGGCGGAGGGAACGGGAAACAACAGGCGCGAAGUGACCCGUCAGGAGGCGGAGGAGUGGGCGCGGCGCAACGGCGUGCUCGAGUACGUCGAGACGAGCGCCAAGAGCGGCGAGAACGUCGAGAUGGCCUUCAUGCGGGUGGCCGAGCGCAUCUUCCAGAACAUCCAGGCGGGCAAGUACGACUUGAACGACCGCCGCUCCGGGGUCAAGGUGCCCAACGCCGGCAGCGGCGUUUCCGCGGGGAGCAAAGCGGUCCGGUUGACGGGCGAUGCGGGGAAGGGGCUGAGUGGGGGUUGCUGUUGAACGGGCUCAGCCGGCCGGUGGUGAAUGAGACAAUAUGGGGCAUAUGUGGGCCGUGAUGGCAUAGGACGGCGAGCCGGUGUGAAUAGUACUACCAAAAAGGGAGGGCGAGGACGUAUUGUAAUUCUAGUAGUCACCGAUGAUGUAUAUGGGCCGGGGAUGGGGGAGCAAAUAACUGUUAAGUUGGAAGGAACACGCAUAAGCAUGUAUUCGCAGGCAGAUAUUGGUUGAGCAUAGGCAUAAUACGAUACCACAGGGUGUUUCGAGUUUCUCAGAGGGGUGCAGCCCAAUUUGCACAUACCAUAUGACGUGGUGAUUGCACGACAGAUCACUGGCAAUACCAAUACCCAGAAUCGGACAUGAUUUGUUGGAAUCUAGGAACCCAUCUUACAAAGGAGAAGAGAUCAAGUCCAGAGUC